AAUUUUUACUAUGUGACUUUAGGUUCAUUCUGGGAAAGUCUGCCAGGAGUGCACCGAAGUAAUUGAAUUCUUUCAAGAGCUGCUUUCGAAUAAGCUCAUCCAGGACAAGAUGGAGGACCUCCUUGCACAUGUGUGUGCUGACCUGGCUGGUUCAUCCACGGUCUGUGAAAAGCAGGCGAAGGAGAUGCUUCCACUGGUCAUCAAAAUGCUAACUACUUUCACUCAGCCUCAAGAAGUCUGUGAAAUCCUGAGGGCCUGCGACUCCGGCAGAAUGUACCGGUCCAUGCUUCUCAGCUAUGACGCCAGGGCCGCUGAGGCAAACUUCUUUACGUGCAAAGUCUGCGAAACUGUCAUGAAGAUUGUGAACGGUUUGCUGUCCAGCCACAGGACUCAGGCGACUGUGGCUGCGGCGCUAAAGAAGGCUUGCGGUCUUGUUCCCUUGGGCAUGGGGGGACUGUGCAGGAGGAUCGUUGGGCCGUUCUCCAAGGAGCUAAUUCAUUUAUUCCUGGAGAACGCUUCGCCGAGGACCAUAUGCAGUGCUAUCCACAUGUGUCGAGUGUUUGAGGAAUCUUUCGUGGAGAAGACCUGUGAGACCUGCUCAUCGCCAUUCUCUUGGGUCCACGAUGAUGGCGUCUGAGUGUUCGAUUCAUCCAACGAAGGGCCCAAACGUUAAAGGGUUCACGGUGACCCACUGAUGAUCCAAGUCUUUCUACAAGUCAGACAAAUCCGACGCUCUGCCUUGUCAUUUUCUUUCCCCACAAACUGAUUAGAUGUCUUGAUGUCUUUCCUGUCAUGAUUUUGCAUUGUAUUCAUGGGUAUGGAUGACAAAAUAUGGGUUCAAAUCAAAGGAGUGCUCGUCAUUUAUUCUGAGAGUUGUAUUUUUUAAUAAACGUCUUAACAGCUAUGCUCCCCAAACCAUCAUUAGCACUUUGGCUACAUGUCUUUUUCUACAUGUUUUUUUUCUUUUACUCUGUAAUCCAUUUUAAUUAUGCAGAAAUAAUUCUGUGAAUUUCUUGGACCAAUCAUUUUCUCCGCUUUAUAAACAAAUAAAAUCUCAUUCACUGAUUGUUAAAA